CUUCGUUAACCUUGCUCUGCCCUGAAUCCCAAACCCUAAAGAUUGUGCGGCGGCGGGAGCCGCCUUUUUUCAUCACUGUCAGUGUCGCAAACUCGCAGCCCGCCGCAGAGCGUUCUCUCGUCUUCAACUUCAGGUGUUAACUUCAUCGCAGCUUUCAAUUCGGCUUCGCGACUUCAGAUGAAGAAGAAAACGCAAAAGUCUUUGCAGGAGACCAAUGCUCAAGAUUGGGAGUCUAUGAUUCAGCAGCACAGACUCUUCUUUGACAAGUUAAUUGAGCUUAUACCAGCCAAGUUCUAUCUACCGAUUAAUGAUGAGAAACCGUGGUUUCAGGGUCUGAGUAAGGCUGAGAAAACUGCAGCUAAGAAAGAGACAAGGGAAAAUAUCAAGAAAUCUCGAAGAGAACGUUUAGACCCAGAUAAGCCUAGUGCAACAACGCUUGACCUGCUUAAACAAAGCUUGGACAAAGAAAAAUUGAAUGAAAGCAAUGAUGAGCAAACGGAUGCGAAUCAUUUAACAUUAGGUCUUGAAGAUGAUGAUCGGUCAGUGACAUACGAAGAACUUCGACAAAGGCUUCAUCGCAAAAUUGAAGAGUUUCGGGCAAAUCGUAACUGUGGAAGUUCCAAUAGAGAAAAGAAAAGGGACGAGAGGAAUGCGAAGAGAGGGAUUCAGAAUAAGAAACGUAAGAAAGAUGAUGGGAAUGAAGGAAGUAAACCUAAACAUGGUGAUUCAAUGCAGAAAAGGAAGAGGGAUGCUAUGGAGGCUUCAAAAGACCUCAGGUUUGGUCAUGUCAAACUCGAUAAUGACGAAAGGCAAGGGAAGAAAAACAGAAAAAUGUCAAGACAUAAGGAACUUGAAAAGGCAAAAAAAGUAGAAGAAGCAAAGAAAGAUCCCGAGAAAGGUGAGGUUAUUGCAAAAAAGCAAUCAUGGAAAGCAGCGAUGGACAGGGCUGCAGGAAUUAAGGUUCAUGAUGAUCCCAAACUGUUAGAGAAAAGCAUAAAAAAAGAGAAGAAGAGGCAACAGAAAAAUUCAGAGAAAUGGAAGGAGAGAAUUGAUACCAGGGAGAAAAUGAAAGCAGAGAAACAACAAAGAAGAUCCGAACAUAUAGGUGAGAGGAUUCAUCAGAAGAAAAUGCGGAGGAUUGCAAAGCGGGAGAAAAAGCUGAUGCGGCCUGGUUUUGAAGGUCGCAAGGAAGGUUUCAUCAAUGAAGUUUCUGGUUAACAAAGCUUUAUGAAAGUCGUGGUUGCUGAUUUUUGCCGGAUGAAGUUUACUUGUUGCUUGAUAUUCAUGGCUUCCUGUGCCUUGAAUAGUAUCAAUUUCGUUGUUCAUUUAUGUGUGUUAUUCCGAAACUUUUAAGUAUUAAUGUUAAAAGGAGAUUCAAAAUUUUGGGGGGAAGAAGAUGAAAAGGAUUAAA